AUGACGGACCAGCAAGAGCCUUCUGAUCUCUUUGGUCUUGACGACCCAAACGGCCCGUAUUACCAAGAUAGCAAUAAUCCAAGUAAUGGGGACGCAACGCUGACCGACUCCAGCACCAGCAAUCAGCAAUUCUAUACUGAGCCUAAUUGGGCCUUCCAAGACACACCUCCCUACGACAAUUAUGAUACUAAUGGAUUUUACCAAGACGAGUGGAAUAUAGGCCAGCAGCCCGAACUAGAUCAUGGCCUCGCUCCGCAGCCGCCGCCGCCGCCGCCGCAACAGCAGCAGCAACAACAGCAACAACUGCCUGCUGCCAUGGCUCCGUCCUCUAUGCCACCCGGUCCGUCGAAUCCACUGCCGACCGUAGGUCCGAUGGUGAAUACGACAACGCUGCAGAUCCGACCGAACGGCGUCGGUUCAAGGAGCCUUACUGAAGAGCAGCGCCAAAAACUGCAGAAUAUUGCCAUGCCAGCCCAACUUCACUACCGUUCUCCCAAGAGCGAAGCCAGUCCCGAUUCUGUCGGCCCGGUGUACAAGUCAUCCUCCAUAUCCUCGCCCGAGGGUCAGAGCCUCUCCUCCAAGUCAAAUAGUCGCAAGCGAAAGUCGUCGGUAGAGCUUGACGAUGACGACGACGACGAUCUUGAUAGCCACCAGCCAGUGAAAAAGACGGCUCACAACAUGAUCGAGAAAAGAUACCGCACUAAUCUCAAUGAUAAGAUAGCAGCUCUGAGAGAUAGUGUACCAAGUCUACGUAUCAUGUCGAAGAGCGCGAGGGGCGAGGAUACCACUGAAGACAGAGAAGAGUUGCAUGGCUUGACGCCCGCGCACAAGCUCAAUAAAGCCACGGUUCUAAGCAAAGCUACCGAGUAUAUUCGGCAUCUGGAGAAAAGAAACCUUCGACUCGUCGAUGAGAACUCGGCCAUGCAGCAGCGGAUUGCUGCCUUCGAGAAGCUCUUCAUGGCCGGUGCGAUGAACGGCGCAGUCAGUCCUUUACAGCAAACAACGCCUUCCACGCCCAUACAAUACUCACAAGAGUCUAAUGGAUACGCGAACCCGGCCAUGGGCACGUCAAGCCAGGCCGACCCACAGGGUAUGAUACAGGUACCUGAUGAUAUGAAGCGUAUCAUUGCUGCCCAGCUGGCGACAGGUCAGCCGUAUCCGGUGCCACCAAGGCCUUUCGGCGGCAACCCCAAUCCUAAUUUGAUACGCCAACAGCAGAUCCAACAGCAACAUCACAUGCAAGCAAGGGGUUGGCAGAAUGCUGGCCCCUAUUUUGGAAAAUUGAUGGUCGGCUCCCUGGCCGGAUUGAUGCUUCUUGAGGCUGUUCGGGAGAAUGAGCAAAACAACGAGACGCCAGAAGGACGCGGCCUCUUUGCUGUUCCCAUACACCUCCUCGGCUUACUUACAUCCUCAUUAAAUAUCGACUUCAUGGGCUAUCAUGUUCAGGGCGCGCAGGUAUUAUAUUCUAUCAGGGUUGCAUUGUUACUUUGUAGUAUUUGGUGGGCUGUCUUUCCCUCACUCAUGGAGCGCAGACCAUCAAGCGUGCAGGGCUCCAAACAACAAAAACAGGCUUCACUAAAAGCGGUACCGUCUUUGGCAUCACCUAUCCACGUCCGUCGUCAAGCAUGGCUCACAGCCAUCCAGACAGUCUGGGUUCCACGGCACAAUUUCUUCCUCGAGGCUGCCGCGCUUGGUCUCAAAACACUGAAGCUGAGCCUCAGAAAUCUGAUCGGCAUUCAUGGUUAUCAGAUGUUAACAGGUCUGACGGAAGACGAAGAGCUUGCCCGUGUUAAAGCAUGGGCAAUAGCCCUAGAUGCUCAGUUGGCUGGAGGAGAUGUCGAGAUCAGCAAGAGCCGACUUACUCUAACCCUGCUUGCUUCUGGAACUCUUCCCACUACUCCACUUCGAUUGAUGCUUAAGGCGCUCCACAUCCGAGUUCUGUUGUGGGAAGUUGGCCUCUCUGGCAUACAGCUUGGCAUAUUCAAUACCUUUGCAUCAAAAUUGGCUCGAUCCAAAUGGAACGAAGCGAAACAACUACAUAGACUCCUUACGCAGCUUCGCCGCGGUGGCCAGGAGCAAUCUGAUGACGAGUUACCCGACCACUUAGCUGCUUUGCUUGAGCAGGACUGUGAUGUAGUCUUGAAUCCGAAUAUCGUUCAAAGGGCCCAUAAUCUAGCCUGGAACCGACCUACCGAUUAUAAUGCUAUCGGAAUCAUUGACGGUAUAGAUACUGUAGUAGAUGAUUUGGCAGUCCGCUCGCCGAUGGACGCUGUUGCGGCCUGGUGGUCAAAUAUGACAUUGCAAAACGCUCUUACAAAUAGCCUUCUAGCGCAAGAGGACGAAGCGGAUACGAUCCAACAAGUCGAGGACGAUGUGUCUCUGGCGAUUAGGACCGCCCCGAUUGGAUCUAUUGCUCAAAACCGUGCUUUAGUCGCACGUGCGCUGCUCUUUGAGGAGAAACGAAAUAUCAACAUUAUGGCUGCAUUGCAAGCCAUUGGGCCAGUGACACCGGUUCUCUCUUCUAGUAGUUCCCCAGGCAGCCCUACCCGCACUGCGCCAUCAUCACCUACUCCUAUUAAGGUGCUCCCGUCUUCACUUGUUAUGACUACCGAGAUGCGUACUUCUCUUUUAUGCGCGAUGGCUAUCGCACACCUUCAAAAAUUCUCCCCACCUGAGGAGCCAGUUGAUAUCUACGGUGUAAUUGACCAAAUCCACCCAAUAAAUGAUAUGGGAUUGCUCGGUUACACCGCUACCUUCAAAUUAAUGGACCGGCUUGCUAGCCAUGAAUUUGCUGCGGAAGCGUGCGCCGACACCCUAGAGCGUCUUUCAGGUACACUACGGAUAUGGACUGGGAAAGAUUGUGGGCUCGAGCCAGAAGUCCGGCAUCAAAUGAUUGAACGAUGCUUGACUGUAACCCGCGGUGUUGUGGGGAUGGGUAUCGACACAGAUACCGGCUAUGGUAGUAUGAGCGAAAGCGAUGACGACCAUGAUGUAUCAACUGACUUCUCAACCGAAACGGAUGUCAUAGCGACACCAAUUCCUGCUGCCAUCGACUCGGAUGUUGCGUAG